CAGAGGAGGGUGAAGCAGCCUCCGCUUUUGUGGGAUAACCAACAAAACACGAAGGAAGGGAAUCAAUGGGUUCUGAUGCAAAGAGAACGAUGAAAUUUGGUUGCCUUUCCUUCCGACAGCCCUAUGCAGAAUUAGUUUAAGUCAAAACAGUGGAGACCCGUUGGCGUCCUUUGCUAGCAAAGUACAAGGGCUGCACCAUUGCUAUUCCUAUAGCUGUUAAAGACUGGGAAGAUGAAACAUGGGGAGCAGUUCUUUCAAAUAGGUUUGGUAUGACACCGCAACAAGUGCAAGACUUGUUGGAUAAAGGGGAAAGGUGUGGCAGAGGAGUUAUCGCAGGUGAGAUUGACGUUGGAGAGACAUAGUUAUGUCCAGAAAACUUGCCUCCUGAAGAGAUUCUGGAGCUGGAAAAGAAAGCUGUCCUCAAUAAUCUAGAACAGAAAUACUUGACUGUUGUUUUAAAUGCAAGAUGGCUUCUGGAACCAAUUCCUGCCAGAGGGGUACAAGGUGUGUGGCAGGUGGACAUCGCUGAGGAACUGAUCCCUGCAGAACUGUAGGUGUUGCCCCUUACUAUUAGUUUUCCUGCCUAAAUGCAAACUUAGAAUGAUAGAAUGUUUUGGGUUGGAAGGGACUUUGAAGAUCUUCUAGUUCCAACCCCCUGGGCAGAGGCACUUUCCACUAGACCAGGUAACUUGUAAUUCACAAGUCAGCAUCUUGAAUACCAGUGAGUUUAGGGUUCAAAACUAAUUGUUUGAAAUAGCAAAUACAUUUGAAGAACUGCCCUUUUGAGGCAGAAUAAACAAAAUGUAAUUUUUAUGACCAUCACUGGAAAUCAUUGAUGGUUUCCUAGAUUCUUCCUACAUAAGUAACUGCCAUUUUUUAAAGAUAUAUGGUUGAUGUAUUUUGUGUCAAUUUCAAAUGUAAAUACAACCAUAUUAUAU